AUGGCUGCUUCCCACGAGGAAGCAAAGGUGGUCCACGCCACCCCCGAAUCCGCCGUGAUCGAAGCCGAGAAACAGCAGGGCCAACACCAAGAAUUCAUCCUUGAUGAAGAAGGCAAAUGUGUUCCGGUCGAUUACUCUGGAGCCCAUGCCAAAACUGACCCUAAGGAGAUCCGACUUGUUCGCAAACUCGACAUCUGGAUCAUGCCAUCUCUCUGGGUCAUGUACUGGUUGAACUACCUUGAUCGCAAUGCGAUUGCUUUGGCUCGGCUCAACGACCUUGAAGAAGACUUGAAUCUCACAGGAACCCAGUACCAAACUUGCGUGAGCAUCCUCUUUGUGGGAUAUUUGCUCGGUCAGAUUCCAUCCAACAUGUUCCUCACCCGCACCAAACCAUCCUAUUACAUGGCUGGCUGCAUGGCUCUUUGGGCCAUCGUCAGUGCCUUGACAGCUGUCUCCAAAGACUUCACCGGCCUCCUCCUUACUCGCUUCUUUCUCGGUGUCACAGAGGCCCCAUACUAUCCAGGCGCACUCUUGAUGUUGUCACUCUUUUACACUCGCAAGGAAAUUGCCACUCGUAUUUCAAUCCUCUACACCGGUAACAUUCUCGCCACCGCCUUUGCAGGCCUUAUUGCAGCAGGAGUCUUUUAUGGCAUGGAUGACCUCGGAAGCCUCGCCGGCUGGCAAUGGCUCUUCAUCCUGCAAGGCGCAGUGACUUUUGUCGUGGCCAUCGUCGCGGCAUUUACCCUCCCUGACGAGCCUCUCUCAACCCGUUGGCUGACACAGUCUGAACGUCAGCUUGCCCACGACCGAAUCCUGCGUGACACUGUCGGCAACAAGGCUGGCACCUCUACAUUCGAAGGUCUCAAGGAGGCCGCUGCAGAUCCCAAGCUCUGGAUCUUUGUCUUCAUGCAGCACAUGCAUCUGGCUGCCAAUGGCUUUAAAAAUUUCUUCCCAACGGCCGUGGAGACCUUGGGCUUCUCAGAGACCAUUACUCUUGUCCUCACAUGCCCGCCUUACCUGAUUGCGGGCCUCAUCUCUGUUCUCUGGUCCGCAUCCAGUGGCAAGUACAACGAGCGUACUUGGCACAUCACCGUGGCCAAAGCGAUUGCCGUGACGGGCUUCGUCCUGGGCUGCGCUACCCUCAACACUGGCGCCAGAUAUUUUGCCAUGGUAGUCUUCGCCAUCGGCACAUAUGCCGUCAACUCGAUCAUCCUCGGCUGGGUGGCUAGUACAUGCGGUCAGACUAAAGAGAAGAAAGCAUCCAGUCUCGCUAUCGUGAACACCAUUGCCAAUGCCUCUUUUAUCUGGACUCCGUACCUCUGGCCCACAUCCGACGCACCUCGAUACACAAUAGCCAUGGUGUCCUCCGCAGCGUUUAGCGUCGCAUGCGCCUCCGCUGGGUGGGUCAUGAAGAUCAUCCUCAUCAGAAUCAACAAGAAGAUCCGUCAGAGCAACGAUGAGACGGUCUUGUUCUAUGCCUACUAG